AUGGAUGAAAUUUGUAAUAUAUUAAAGGAAUACGAAUACACAGAAACAGCAAGUGAUAAUAUAAUUGAUUUAUUCAAAGAAUAUAGCCCUAGCACGAAAGAUAAAGCGGAGGUUCAUUCGAGACUUAAAAAAAUAAAAUGUACUAAACUAAUGGCCUUUGAUGCUAACGGUUUGUACGCUUCCGCCAUGUCGGAUUUAGAUAGCGAAUAUCCGAGGGCGGAAAGUGGUAGACCAUUUCGACAAGAAGAAAAUAAAGAAUUAGUUAAUAAGCAGAAAUUCAGACCUAGAACUGCUAUUUUAAAAGUCUGGUUUGAAUACCAAGAUGUUCUUCCAACCCAUACCAGCUAA